AUACAAAUACACAAGUGUUUUUGUGUAUAUAUAUGCGGUGAUGAUGAUUAUUUGAUUAAUCAAUUUUAAAAAAAAAAAAAUAAAUAAAUAAAUAAAAUUAUUGCUAAAUAUUAAAAAGCCGCAUGAUAAUUUCAAGGAUAUAUUUCACAAAUAGUCCAUCAAACCACAUCAUCAUCAACAUCAACGAUCAAAUCUUCAAUGCAAUUUGGAAGGAUUCACAAUCACCACCACCAGCAGCAAAUCUGGCAGGUUGAUUGUGUCAUUCAUGAAAAAAUUAAACAUCAAAAAAAUACGAAAUAAAUAAAAGUUUUUUUUUUUUAAAUUAAAAAUUAUAAAAAUAAUAAUAAUAAUAAUAUAAAUAGUGCGACAUGCGUACUGUUGGCGAAUCAUUGAUAACAAAAACAAUUUUACAAACUGGAGGAGGAAUAGGUGGACAUGGUGCAGGUUUAUUAAUACGUGAUAAUAGUAAUGGUGUUGUUGAUUGUGAUGGUGUUAUUAUAACAAAUAAUUUACACAAUGAACAAACAAAUGAUGAGUGUACAAUUAUUAAUAAUAGAAUUAGAAAUUUAAAUAAUUAUGAUAGUAAUAAUAAUGAUAUUAAUAUCAACAACAACAACACUAUUAAUAAUAACAAUAGAAUUGAAUAUCCAUCAGAUAGCAACAAUAAUAAUGAUCAUCAUAGAAAUCUUGAAACAGAUCAACAUCAUGGUAAUCACAAUGAAGAUGAUAAUUCAUGGACAAAGUGGCAAUUACAUACACAAACGAGUGAAAACGAAUGUGAUAAAGGUUUUGAUCAACAGCUAACAGUUGAUGUAUCGAGGUGUAACAGUCAACAACUAAGACCAACAAAUAAUACACUCUUAAAUUGUCAAGAACGUGGAAAUUUAAUAACUGCAAACACGACGACUUCAAUUUCAACAACAACAACAACAUUAACAACAACAACGUCAACAACACCAACAACAGGCACUGCCUUUACAGUUGCAUCAAGUAUGCUUCUUCUGCAAACUCAGAGUCCAUUUGGAUGUAGUAGUUUUGCUGAUUUAUUGAGUGCACCAUAUAAUGAUCAAACUGAUGGUGCAAGUUUACCAGAAGAACUUGAUCCAUUUCCUGAACUUCAAUUGGGAAAUUCACAGAAUGUGACAAAUGAAGACACAACAGCUCAAAUUCAUCAUCAAAUGCAACAACAUCAUCAACAUCGACCUUUACCAUCAGACAUUCAAGCUGAUUCAUUGAGCCCCACUCCAUUACCAAGUUUUCAAGAGACUUACACCUGUCAACGUUACACUCGUCAAGAACUUCUAUGUCUGGGUAUUAAAAUGGAUGAUGAAGGUUUUGAUGCACUUCAAUAUCCAUGCAAUGAUUCACAAUAUACCAAUGAUUUUGUGACUGAUUAUCAACAUCAACAUUCGCAUCAACAUCAACAUCCGCAUCAACAUCAACAUCAUUAUCAAGAUCAUCAUCAAAAUAUACCACCAACGUUAACACCACCACCAUCUUCAGUAGCAUCACUAUCAAGUACACCACCACCACCACCACCAACAGCAACAACAACAACAACAGGAGCAACAGCUGCAUCACCAUCACCAUCACAAACUGCACCACCACCACCACCAUUACCUCCACCACCACCUGGUUAUUUUUCUGCAAUAACAACAACAACAACAACAACAACAACAAAUUCAACAACAUCAAAUGGCAUUUUACAAAGGGACAUUUACAUGCCACAAUCAUAUGGACAAUCAAAUAUCAUUAAUGGAAAUAAUAAUAAUAAUAAUGUUACUCCAAGAUCGAGACCACCAAUGAUUCAAAGAUCCGAUUCAACAAGUAGUGGAAGUAAUCAAGAAUCACCAAAAUCACGUGUAAAUGGAAGUAAUAAUAUAUCAUCAGUGCCAUCACCAGGUUGUGGUAAUGAACGUGCACCACAAAGUCCAAGUCAAUUGUGUGCUGUUUGUGGUGAUACAGCAGCAUGUCAACAUUAUGGUGUACGAACAUGUGAAGGUUGUAAAGGUUUUUUCAAAAGAACUGUACAAAAAGGAUCAAAAUAUGUAUGUCUAGCUGAACGUUCAUGUCCAGUUGAUAAAAGACGACGUAAUAGAUGUCAAUUUUGUCGUUUUCAAAAAUGUCUAAAAGUUGGAAUGGUCAAAGAGGUUGUAAGAACAGAUUCAUUGAAAGGAAGACGUGGACGUUUACCAUCAAAACCAAAAUCACCACAAGAACCACCACCAAGUCCACCAAUAUCAUUGAUAACAGCACUUGUACGUGCUCAUGUUGAUACAACACCUGAUUUAUCAAAUCUUGAUUAUUCACAAUAUCGUGAACCUGGUCCAGCUGAUUCACCAGUAUCUGAAGCUGAUAAAAUACAACAAUUUUAUAAUUUAUUAAUGACAUCUGUUGAUGUUAUACGUAAUUUUGCUGAUAAAAUACCUGGUUUCAAUGAUUUACUACGUGCCGACAGAGAACUAUUAUUUCAAUCAGCAAGCCUUGAAUUGUUUGUAUUGAGAUUAUCAUAUCGUACCAGAGUUGAUGAUACAAGAUUAACAUUUUGUAAUGGUGUUGUUUUAACACGCUCACAAUGUCAACGUAGUUUUGGUGAUUGGUUACAUGGAAUACUUGAAUUUUGUCAGGCAUUACAUACACUUGAUGUUGAUAUAAGUGCAUUUGCAUGUUUAUCGGCAUUAACUGUCAUAACAGAUAGAUAUGGCUUGAAAGAACCUCACAAAGUUGAACAAUUACAAACAAAAAUAAUAUCAUCAUUACGUGAUCAUGUUACCUACAAUGCUGAUGCACAAAGAAAAACUCAUUAUUUAUCAAGACUACUUGGUAAAUUACCAGAGCUAAGAAGUCUAUCUGUUCAAGGACUUCAGCGAAUAUUUUAUCUAAAAUUGGAAGAUCUUGUACCAGCACCACCUCUAAUAGAGACAAUGUUUGUCGGCACCAUCCCUUUUUAGAUUAAAAUUUACAAAAAUUAAAUUUAAAAAAAACACCCACGCCUUAUAAUAAAUAUUUUUCUUUAACACUUGUUGAGAAAAUAAAACAAUACAUACAUAUAUAUAUGUAAGUACCUAAUGAUUAAAAAUACUCGUGAAAAAAUUUCAACAUAUCAGAGAAAUAAUAAUAAUGACAUUUCUCAUUUCUUUUUUAUAUACCUAUGUAUAACAAAAAAAGUAAUUCACAUGAAAACAACAAGUGAGAUUAAGAGAUUAUAAUAUAUUUAAAAAUAAUUAAGUUUCUUGAUGUUUUUGAAUAAUUUACAACAAGGCACAUUUCAUAUUAUAAAUUAUAAUAAAAGUAUAAGACAAGUCCUCAUAUUUACAUUUAUGUGAUUUUAGUGUUUUAAGAGUACUAAUUAUUGUCCUUUUUAAUGCGAAAAAAAAAAUAAAAUUUGACAAAUUGUUUAUAAUUUUUCAUUAAUAAUAAUUUAAAUGUAUAAAUAAUAUAAACAAGUCAAGACGUCAUAAAGUUACCUAUAAUUAUUAAUUAUUAAAAAAUAAAUAAAUAAAUUUUUAAAAUGUGUAAUUAAUGAAGAGAAAAGAUAUAUAUAAAAAAAAAAUUACUAUUUGUACGUACAAUUUUUCGCUACAAUUACUUAUUUACAAUUUAUAUCAUUAAAAAUCGUACAAUUAUUUUUAAUGUUAUCAGAACAUUCAUUCUUUUUUUUUUUUUUAAAUGAUAAAUAUUGCAAUUUAUUAUACAUCACUUGGUGUUUAUGAAUAUUUUUUGGCAAUAAUAAUUGUUAAUUAAUAUAGAUAAUUCAUUGAAAAAAAUAAUAAUAAUCAUCACAGGUUCAAAUAGACAAUUAAAUUAUUAAAUUUAAAAAGAAAAAGAAAAAAAAAAUAGUUAGUUACACAUGUUGCUUGACCACUUGUAGAAUGACCAACUUGUCAUAGAUAAAAAAUACACAAUGCAAAUGAAAAAGAAAAAAAAAUAUAUAUACUUAUCCAAAAUAAUAAUUGAAAUAUAUAAAAAAAUAAUAAAGUUGAAAUUUUAUAAAUAUACACACACAGUAUAAUUAAUAUAUAUAAAAAUGUUUUAUGCAUUCAAUCGCCAAUGGCCUCAAAGAUACUUGUCUAUAUAGAAAUUAGAAAAAUAAAAUCCUGUCAAGUGUAUUUUUAAAAAAUUAUUUUGUACUUAUUAAUUGGCCAGUACUGAGUGAAUGUGCAUUUAUCACUGCAAUAAUUAAAUUUAUAAAAAGUAUAUAGAU